CACCGUCCGCGACGGGUUUCUGACCAAGAACCAGUCUGACACGUUUUUGCUUCCAGAUACCUUUGUGCCGGACAUUAAGUCCCACUCGUCGGUCCGGAAGGACAAGCUAUGGUGCCCAGUCAGGGCACUUAAGUGGUAUGUCAGCCGAACGGAACCGUUUCGUAACCACCUACAGUUGUUCGUUACGUCGACGCCGCCGCAUGUCCCAGCGUCCCGGGACACGAUUACUCGAUGGCUCGUCACAGCGAUACGCUCGGAUGCGAAAGUGCCAACGUCGGAGAGGGUAAACGCCCACGAAAUUCGGGCGACCUCCACAUCAUGGGCAUUUUUUAAAGGUGUUUCUUAGAGUGACAUUACACAGGUAGCCUGCUGGAAGACCCCAAAUACAUUCACGUUUAUUUGAGGGAUGUACUCAGAUGUACUCUGGACAGAGGGCAGAGCGGGGAGGGCGGUUCUAACGGCUGCUAGCAGGGCUUCUACCCAGCCAGGAGUUUCACACCUAUAGUUGAUCAUGAAGAUGAUGAUUACCAGUGCGUUGGUGUUGUGAGUGUUCACACUCAGGAUGUAAAGAAUGUAAGUUGGCAUCCACAUAAAGAGAUUUUGGCGUCUUGCAGUUAUGACAACACCAUAAAGUUAUUCCAAGAGGAUGAUGAUGAUUGGAGCUGUAUGUGUACCUUAAGUGGACAUGAGUCUACAGUCUGGGGAAUAACCUUUGACAAAACAGGAACCAGACUAGCGUCAUGUAGUGAUGAUAACACUGUCAAGAUCUGGCAGGAAUUCAACAAUAAACAAGGUGAUUCUUUUGUGAGCGAUUUUCAAUGGAAAUGUGUUUGUACUUUGUCUGGUUAUCACACAAGAACUAUUUAUGAUGUUGACUGGUGCAAGCAAAGUGGGAUGCUAGCUACAUGUUCAGGAGAUGAAAGUAUUCAUAUCUUUCAAGAAGGCAAUAACGAGGAGUUCAUUUCAACUUGUUGUACAAACUGUGCUCAUGCUGGUGAUGUCAAUGCAGUCAGAUGGAAUCCAGAUGGAAGUAACACAUUAGCAUCUGCUGGAGAUGAUAAUGUUGUCAAGCUUUGGAAAUACAUCCCAAACUGAUAAAAAAGAGCAAUGCAAAGUUAUUUUAAAGGCACUGGACAAGUUACAUUAGUUGUUUUUUUCCCACUCAUACAAUUAAAGACUUCAGCUGAAGC